GGAACCGAACAGUGUACUUUGAUGACGGUUUCACCAUUCUCUAGCAAGUCUCAUUCCCUCAACUGCAACGGCACAGGAUCCAACGAGAAACUCAUGAGCAGAGGAUUGAAGUCAGCUGUAUACGCGCCGGAAACGAUACAACUUCAAUCAUACAAAAUGAAGAAGAAAACUUUCCCAACGAUGACGAAAAUACCCGAAGAAGAAACUGAAACUGAGGGAAAAACGGAAAUGGCACGAAUCCCAGAGCCAAAGCCGAGGCAGAGCAUUAGGGAACUGAAAGGGAAAUCUAAAUUACCAAGACAGUUCCCCACCAUCGGAAUGUCCUCUGGGGAUGCAUCGAAAAAGGGAAAAGACGAAGUUAUUAGAGAUUGUAAAUGUACAAAGACACAACAACCGAGAAAACUCGUUGAGACCGCCAUCAAAGCUACCGUAACCAAACCCCAAUGUGAGCGGGGGUCUUACAGAGGUCCUAAGCCAGAAAUACCCCCAAAACCUCGCUUCUGUACUAAGGCACUACCUGAGACUACUGAAAAGAAGUCGAUUAUAUUCCCGCCAAAACAAAAACUCCCCGUCAAGAAAGCAGGUCUACCCCCACCGGGAACAUCAACAGGACAACAUCUUUCGGCUUUUAGCCCACCAAAGCGUUCUCUCCCUAGCAUUAGAAUUUCCUCCCCACCGGAACCGAUUGUGGAACCUCCUACACCAGAAGAACCAGCUAUCCGAGUAUAUAGACCCAGUCCAGGAAGUCCACGACCUCCUUCUGAGGUCUCAAGUCUGUCAGAUUUCUCAGACGAAGAACCAGAGUUGGUUACAUUGGCCGCUAUGCAACCUUCCCUGGAGGUAAAACCACUUGGAGAUUUGUUCCCAACAAAGUGCGCUGAGGUUAAGCGACCUAUUACACUGAAGAGGGUAUCCUUACCUCCGCCAGAACCUUUAACUGAAGCUCCUGUACCCUAUCAGAGUUCUGGGAAGGAACCACCGAAAUCUUGUGGGAAACCUUCUCCAAAACCGAAAGUUCCAGAAAAAUGGAAGGAAAAGCGCAUAGUAACAUCGGCAAGCGCCACGACAAUCCUUCUACUUCCUCCACCCGAGCCAGCAGUCCCGGCUCCAAGUGGGAAGCCCACAGAUGUUCAGGUGAUUCCAGCAGAGCCAACAGCACCCAAGAAAAAACGGUCCAGACAUAGUGCACAUUGCAUUUAUAAUAAGAGAGGAGGUAGGAAUUAUUGGGCCGCAAAAUUACGUAAAAGCGCCAGAAAGUCUCCUAUUGUUGUUGUGCAUGUGUGUUAUUGUAGUCCAACUUCUUUAAACAGGUGUUGUGGUUGUAACAAAUGA